AUGUCAUUACCAACAAAAUAUGAAUUAUUACCCCCUCCAGAUCUUUCUGAACUAAAGCCAAAUAGUUCUAUUUAUCCUGAUUUUGAGCCUUGGAAACAUACCGAGCUAGAUGAUCAAAUAUUACUGGAUUUUGUAGAUAAGGGUUAUUAUCAAGGUCCCAAGGUUAGUUUUGAAACUUUUUCAGGGAAAUCUUCUGUUAUUCAAACUCCUAUAAAUGCUAUUGCUGAAAAAUUGUCUGUAUCUCUAACAAAGGCAUUUUUCAUAAGGGAAAACGAUGUAAAUAAAAUUAAAAACACAGAUCAGAGUAAUGACGAGGAAAAUAAUUAUGAAAGCGACAGGAUACCAAAAAUUUUCAAUAUAAGUGGAGAUAGCUUUCGAUUUCCCAAAAGGGUUACUUUAACAGACCAAAGAAAAGAACAAUGGUUGCAAAAUUUAGGCGAUACUUCUCUAACUAUGGACACUGUUACUAAAAUAGUACCACAUGGUUUUAAGAAAAAACAGUUACUAGAACAGUUUGCCAUUAAAAGGAUACCAUACUAUAGGGCAAUAUGGCUAAUCAAGUAUUGCUGUUCUGUAGAAUGGAUCUCUCUACUCAAUAAACCUAUUAGUAAAAACAAUAACAGUGGAACCUCCACUUAUUCUGACACAACUUUUAGAAUUUUAAAAGAAUGGACAAGUGCAAUGGUGCACGUUUUAGAAAAACUAAUAUUUGAUAUUCCCAUCUUGUCUUCCGGAUCCAGUUCGAGCUCUAGCCACACAACUUCCGGAAUAUUGGACAACACGUCAACUUCUGAGGGUGCUUUGUCAACUAUUGCAUCAAUUAAUACAAAUGAUUUAAAUACUGUUCAACAACAAAUGAAUAUAUGCAAGUUAAAAAUAAAUUACUAUAUCAGAUUACUGGGAAAUUGUUAUUCAUUAGGACUAGUGGACAAAACAUUGUUUAUUAAUUGGUUGCUUGAAUUCUUCCUCAAGAUGGAAAAUUUUGAAUUUUAUCCGAUUUCGUUGCAUAUUAUUACAUGUUUUUGGAAAGAUAUUAUGUCGAAUGAUGACAAGUUUUUAAAAUCGAAAUUCACUGAAUGUCUUUUACAAAAAUAUUAUUUGGUGUCUGAAUCUCCCUCGAUGCUAAAUGACGAAAACUAUUUGAUUAAUGAUGUUAAGCGAAAUGAACUAAUAAGGAAAAAAAUACUAAACGUUUUACAAAAAUUUAUCUAUGAUAUCUUUAAUACUCAAUCUCUGGAACUUUUCAUAAUAUCCAACACAAACAAUUGGGAUUUAUAUAGACCUUGUCUUCGUGAUAUACUAGGACUUACAACUGAUUUGGGGAAUACUACUAAUGAAGAAAAACUACGAAAUAUUAGAAAGAAAUUUAAUUUAAUUGAUUAUAGAAAUGAAACAUUGAAAAAAAAUGCAUAUUCUUCUAAGCUUCGAAACCACAAUUUAGCAACUGCACAGCAAGAUAUCAGAUUUAAUGUAGAGGAGAACAAUGAUUUAGAAAAUGAAGAUGAGGACAAUGUAUCUGAUUUGUUUUAUGUAGAUUCAACUUCUGGUGUCCUACAUUUAGCUAAAGUUAAUUUGGAAUUGACAACUAUGUUGGAUAAUAACCAUAUUACUGAUGACUGGGAUUUGUUUAUACGACAGAUGUCCAAAAGCGAUAUAAUACAAAUGAUUUUAUGGUCUAUAUCGCCAAUGAAAAGUUCCUAUUACGAAGGUACACAUUUAGUCUCAAGAUUGCUUAUUUUAAAAAUAGGUUUACAGGAUAAUAAUUAUGAUAUUGAAAAUCUAAUAUGGACUUUUAUUUUCACCAUAGCCAAAGUUGUGAAUUUAAAGGAGUGUGUUUAUUUACCCAAUCUCUAUUCUUUGUUAAAUAUUUGUAUUGGGUAUGGUAUAUUAAAGGUACCAAUAUACAUUAGAAAAUUAAUUAGUUCAGGAAUAUUAUACUUAGCUCAUUCAAAGGAUAAGUUUUUCCAUUGUAAUCUACUAAUUAACUUAAAAAUUCAACCGGUCAUUAAGGGCCAAUUUAAUAUGGUAUUAAAAAACAUGAUUGAAUAUGACGCAUCAUUAUAUGAAAAUUUCCAAUUUAAUAAGUUACUUGAGAAAUUUGAAGAAUUGAAAUUAACUUUUUUUAAUGAUAUUACAAAAGAUAACUUAUCCACUAAAAUACCAUUCAGUGUCAAAAUUUUGUUAGCAGAUUGGUAUUUGAACGAACUAGUUUCUGAAAGAGACGAAAUGUUAGAUUUAGUGGACAAAAAUAUGAUAUUAAAAGUCUACAAUAAUUUUGUUAUAAAAUUGGGACAUUACCAUCACUUUUAUAGAUGGAUGGAAUAUAUUAUUUAUCGCCAAAUUUUGACGGACAUUAUUGCACUAGAAACUUUGACUGAUAUUAUAUUAUUCCGUUCCAAAAUGUUCCCCCUAUUGAUCAAUGACACCAAUCUUUUCAUGAAAUCAAUUAUCCAUUUGUAUUUGAACAAAUUGAAGCCCGAUGAUAUGGAAUCAUUCCAGGUUAUUAGGUUUAAUCCCUUUUGGAAAUUUUUUAUUGUUUCGUUUCCUAAACACUUGGAGUUGGACACAAAUUUAAAAUCACAGUUAAGUGAAUUGUAUGAGAUUGAGAACGAUAGAUUGAGGGAAUUUGCUAGGUUGAAUUCACAACCAACGGUUUCUAUUAACCAGCAAUUAACCAAAAACAUAAAAACGAUUUUAAGCAUUAGCACUAUUGAAGAAAACGAAGAAUUAAUUAAAAAAGCGAGAUUGGCACUACUAUCGUUGCAGAUUAUUAAUCCCUCGGAAUAUAUCAAAUAUGUUUCAGUUAUUUUGAAAAGACAAAAAUUGGAGGAAAGCAAUAAGAUGAAAGGCGUUGUUAAUUUAGUCAAAUUGUGUGAAUUAAAAUUGUUGUCUAUUGAUUUUGUUCUGAAAAUUUUUGGUAGUUCAGUAGUUAUUUUUUUGUUGAAAUAUGAAACUAAUUGUUCUUUUUAUGAGCAUAGCAAAAAAAAUUUUUUAAAAAAAAAUUAUGGAGAAGUUUUAAAAUGGUGCAUUGAGGCUAAUGACACUGAUUAUCUAAUCUAUUUAAUUCAACGCAUUGGAGUAGCUAACCAGAGGAAAUCACAGACCUGCAAUGCACUUUGUUUAAUUAUGAAUACUGACUCAUGCAUAAUCAAUAAAAUUUUGUGCAUCAAUGACACUGCUAUAGCUUCUAAGAUGUGUAAUUAUUCCAAUAAUUACUUUGCCAUUUUUUACAAUAUGAAUUUUAUUAAUCUUUUCUAUGCACAAUGCCUAGUUAAAUGGUUGUUAACAAAUGGGAAUAACGAUAAUGCCGUAAGCGGUGAUAGAUAUCACCAAAUAAUUUUUAUUAUGGAAUGGUGUAACUAUGAUGUUUUAUAUCCACAGUUAUUUAACCAGGUUGAGGACUCUGUAAUUUUGAAUAGGCUAUUAGAUGAAAUAACAUUAUCUUUUUUCACCGAUUGCUUUAUUAAGGGUAAUGAUGUACCAUAUGUUACCUGCGUUAAAGCCACUAUUAUUCAUUUAUCUCAAAAGUUAACUUUCAAUGACAAAUUGAUGAUAUCAUAUGAUAUUUUCCAAAAAUUUGAAGCUUUGUUUGAACAAUUUUUGAAUUUACCAUUUAUAACGUUAGGAAGUUUAGAAUAUAGAUUAAUUGAACUUUUUAUUGAAUUGUUGAUAGUUUAUGAAAAGUCAUUAUUUGAUUAUAUGAUUAAAACGCAAAAUUUGAAGAUUAUUGAUUUAUUGAACCAAUUUUUCCGUACAUGUGUUACAACCACUGAUACCGCUAAAGAUUUUACAAAAGAGACAAUAACAAGUAACAGAAAGGGAAUUACUUUAGAAAAUGAUGAUGAUAAAGGUAAUAAAGAUCAGAGAUCCAAUGUGCAUAACAACAAUAAAAAGUUUUUGUCGUUAAAAACUAAGUUGUAUAUUUAUGACAUUUUACUAUCUAUGAAAACCAAAUAUACCUAUUUAACUACACAGAAUCCACGGGAAUAUCCUGAACUUCCUAAAAUAUUGGAUAAUUUGCCAUCUUUUCGUUUAUCAUCUUUUGAAAAUAAUGAUGAAACAGGUACAUCUAGUGAUGUACACAAAAGUGGAGACUCCACUUUAGGUAUUUUAUUUUGUAAGAAGAACCAAAAAGUUAAUAAUUCCAUUGUUGAUGAAAUGGAAAGGUAUUAUUUGUUUGAUAAGAAAGAUAGACAGUUUAAACAAAGAUUUAGUUUACCAAAGUUUUUAGAAUUGCCAACUUAUGACCAUUUUUCAAAAAAUAGUAAUAAUAUGCAACACUUGGGUACUACUAAUAACAGAACAGAUAUUAAUAAUACAUUAAUAAAUUUAAGUUAUUUUGAGGCUAGAUAUGACAAAAAGAACCCAGCAUGA